CUGUGUGCGAGACACUAGUCACUCAGUUGAUCUGUGUGGAAGCCAGUGAGUGCGGAGUCGAGGAAAUAUCGCGACAAGAGUGGGACUUUCAGUUAUUGGUCAUCUGAGCGAGAUUUUGCAAUUUCACGUGACAGCUGGGCUGACGAAACGAUUCACCGACCUACGUCACUGCACGAGUCGGUAGUAGUCUUUGGUGUCCUUCAGUAAUCUUUGUGCGGGGGUCAGUGUGGCACACAACUGUUGGCAGCGCUAAAUUUCUGCAAGACAAGUGGUCUGUAAGCGGAACUUGGAAUGCCUAACAAGGUUGCGGAAUCAGAAGAAAUGGCAUCGUCUCCGCCAAUCCUGUAUCGUGACGAAUCGCAAACGGAUAAAUUGUCAAGAAAAAUUAAAGAAGCGCCGUUCGUACCUAUUGGUCUAGCUGGUCUUGUUGCGGCAUGUGCUAUUGGUGCUUACAAGUACCGCCAUCGUGGACAGAUGUCUACAUCAGUGUUCCUGAUGCAGCUUAGAGUUGCUGCACAAAGUAUGGUUGUUGGUUGCAUGACUCUUGGUCUUGGAUAUCAGAUGUACAAAGACUACCUCAGUCCUGACCGAAAGAAACCAUCAGAAUGAAACUUUGUUUCAUAUGUAUGACAGCUGCAUUGUUUUAGUAUUUGCAGCUCUGACAACAUUUUCAGCUCACCUCAAUGAGGUGGUUCUGGUAAUUUAGUGAUUAUUGGGAGAAAAUGUUGUCCACGAGUGUUGCGAAUAUUUUUCUUUCCUAGAUGCUGCAAAUAUUUUGCAUAUUUAUUUCUGCUGUAUGAAUUGUAUCUGAUAUUAAGUAUAGUUCCUGCUUUAUGUGAACUGUUGCAAUAAUUUGUGAGAAGAGGAGAUACUCGAGUUGUGAAAUGAAAUGACAAGACCUGUUCUGCAUCAAGUUUGUGUGUGUGUGUGUGUGUGUGUGUGUGUGUGUGUGUGUGUGUGUGUACUGUAUGCACUUGCUUUUCUCUGAUAGUAUACAAGACUAGUUAGAUGCAAAGUAUAUCAGCACAAAGAGAGGCUGUCAGUUGCACUAUUGCAAUUAUUUGAAAUUGUUAUUCAUGCCAUUUUCAAUUAAUUAAAAUCUAUGCUGUAUGUACAGGCCAAGUGAUCAUAAAUAGUGCAGAGUUUUACAUUACACUCUAUCCUUUAAGCAGAUCAUUGCUUCAGUGCACUAGAGAAACAUGUGAUCUAAAAGUCAUAAAUGUACAGAUUCACAAAGUGUCAGGUGUUAGUGUCUUCAGAUAUUUGCAAAUAUAAAUUGCCAGAUAUUAGCUUUGAUGUAAGUUUUAACUUUUUUGUCCUGGUUAGCUGUUCACAUGAUAAAUGUUCAGUAUUACAUAAUAAUUACAGUCUUUGUUAAAACUGUGUGAUGUUAAACAUUAAUACGUUAUCACUGAUUACAUAUAUUGUGGGAAGCAAGUGUGAGAAAAUGGAGUACUCUGUGAAAAAAAUCUGUAUUACAUUGUGAUAGACUUGUUGAGGUACAAACUGCUACUCCUAUUUGUCAAACAUCAAUAAAUUUAAAUUACAUCAUCAUAAUCAUCAUAUAUGUAUUACAUAUGUAUACUUCAUCUCUGGAAUGGAUAUUUUAUUUCUAGAUAAUGAUGCUGUUGUGGAAUAAAAAAAAUAUUUAUUUUAUGGAA